AUGGGUGCAUUUGUAGCUGCUCACGCUGGUGCUGGUACCCAUGCAUACAAAACGGAGGACAUUUGUUGGAAUGCUGUUCUCAAGUGCAAUGGAAACAUAGUUGAGGCAGUCAAGAUUCUGGAGAACGAUGCCAAGACAAACUGUGGUUAUGGUUCAAACUUGUCCUUAAAUAAACAUGUGGAAUGUGAAGCCUGUUUUGCAUCUACAGAUGGUCAUGUAUUUGGUGCUGUUGGUGCUGUAAGUAGAGUGCGGAAUCCAAUUGAGGUAGCUGCCAUGGUUGCAAAAGAACAGCUAGUCGCAAACAGUAAGUUUGUGCUUCCGGCUGUUUUGGUUGGUGAAGGUGCUGAGCAAUGGGCAGAAAAGCGUGGGGUUAAGUUAUGCGAUCCCGCAUCCCUGAUAUCAAGGCGUGCUGAAAAAGAUUGGAAACAAGCACAAAAAGUGGUUCAGAGUUGGGGGGACAAGACAAUGGAUACUGUGGGAGCCGUAUCGUAUGAUAAUGGUGAAUGUAGUGCUGCAUGUUCAAGUGGAGGAAUCAUAUUAAAACAUGAAGGACGAUUGGGUCAUGUUUUGCAGUAUGGUGGUGCUGUUUGUGCGGAUAAACGAAAUGCUAGAAGCGUUGCAGUCACACUAUCAGGUUGUGGUGAAUAUAUCGCUCGGACAUUAUUAGCAAGAAAUAUUGCAGAAUGCUUGCUGAAUGGAGAUAAUGAUGAUGAUUUUAUUUUGACUAAAGUCAAAAAUGUUUUCUAUUCGGCUUUUUUAAAUUCUCCUUAUUUGGCAAAUCGGAAUAAGAAACAUGUUCUUGCUGGUGGAUUACUUCUUUUUGUGGAUAAUGAAAAAUCGUCAGCAGAGCUUGUUUCAUUUCACAAUACACAAGAACUGACAUUUGCUUUUGGAAAUAGAACUGUGGUUAAAAGUCGCUCACGUUCCGUUUCUGGAGAUUUCAUUAAUUGCAAGAAUGUCUUACCUCGAUUUGCAUUAAGAGAAAAUAAGGUGAUGCAGAAUCUAGAUAAAUUUGUAAUCCCUUCUCGGGAUGAUGACUUAUUGGAAGGGAGUUUUGAUUUUUAUACUAUAAGUAUCCGGCCGGAACUCGAUGAAAUUAUUUCGAAAGUGUUUCAAUUUCGACAUGAUAUAGAUUCAGGCCGCUGGGCACGAAUCAUUGAUAGAUUUGACCAUUUGUUCUUCACCAUAAAGCCAUUUUCUGAAGGUGAACCAUGGCGUCUUCGUUCUCAGUUGAUUUCAUUUUUGAAUUCUGGUCUAAAGCUCACAUUAGACAGUAUCGAGGAGUUAUUGCCAAUGCUUACAAGUGAGGCUGAAACAGAGUUGGCUCAAGAUCUCUUUACCGAAAGAGAAUUGCAUGCUAAAGCGCUUCUAAUGUAUAUUUACCUCUUGUGUAGACUUGCUGUACUUUUCGAAAAGGAAUCAUCAAAUAGACCAAUAGAAGUAGCCAGCACUAAAAAAGGGCGAAAAGCAAUGCCAGAAAAAGCAGAUGAUCAGUAUAUGACCCAGUGGAUAAGUGAUCGUGCCAAUACUUUGAAAUUAUUGCACCGUACUUUUUCGUUGAAUAGUUUAGAUGCUCAAGGACGAAAACGCAGCACAGCAAUUCGUUUUCUUUGGCAUCCUUCUAUUGUACCAUCGGAGUUACUGAGGAUUUCAAAAGAUCUAGCUUUUAAAUUUCUUGAGAAUCCAGAACUCAGUAAAGUUAGUGGACGAGAUUGGCUGCAAGCUAUAUUUGGCUAUUUGAAAGUUAUUUGUAUUGACUACAACGAAGCUACCAAAAUUGGGAUUAAACUAGUGAGUCUGAUGAAACGUCUUGACUAUUUAUCUCUUUCAUCACUAACACAGUCACCUUUUGUUGAUGCUAUUGAAUCCGUUUCAUAUUAUGGUGAUAUGGAUAUACUUUUCCAGGCAAUGCUCUCAGCACUUAGUCGUUUAUCUAAAAGCGAUUUUGCUCGUAAUGAUGUAUCAGCGCGACCAUUUACUUUGUUCAUUGUUUCUUUGGCCGAAAAAAAGCCACAUUUAUUGAACAAACAUAUUGUCAAUAUUGCUUCAUUUUUAUCAGAUGAUCCGGCUUCUCUUCGUUGUGCUGUUCUUACUGCUUUCGUUGAAAUUGUUAUGGUUGUGUAUAAAGGUAACCUACCUGAAGGCAAUUUUCGUAGAUCACGAGAUCGACUUCUUCUUCAUUUACAGGAUCAUGUAGUUGAUGUAAAUGCCGUCGUACGCUCUCGUGCAUUGCAACUGUGGACACGUUUGGCUCGUGCUUCUCAAAUACCAAUAGUUUUUAUGAGUGGUGGACUUAUUCGAGAUGCAGGAGGUCGUUUAAUAGAUAAAUCUGUUUCAGUUCGGCGGAAUGCUGCAGCAUUUCUAAGUGCAGUCUUAGAGUACAAUCCAUUUGGGGCUUCUCUGAAUGCCGAUGAUUUGGCGGAUACUAUAGCUCGCUUCGAAGCAGAGAGGCUUGAGAUGAGAACGACCAAUCCAGAGAAAGAGGGGAUUAAAAAAGCAUGUGUUGAAUGGGCAUCUAUGAAGGAAAAUUUAAACCGCUGGAUUGGAAAAUAUGUUAAACAGAGGUUGAAAAACAAGCAAACUGUGGAUGUUACUGAAAAAGUAAUUGAGAACAGUGCGGUUGAUCAUAACGAAAAUGAAAAUGCGACAAGUUUGUAUUGCUAUGAAAUAAUGUUUGGGAUAUUUUUAUGUACAAAUUUUUUUUCUAGAUCUAAAAAUAUUGCAGGUGAAGUUGGAAAUAUUUAUGAGGAAGUAACUGAUGUCAGUGGAACUACAAACACAGUUGAUGACUGCAUAAUUGAUGAAGAUGUUACGUUGGAAGAACUGAUUACCAAAAUCGUGCUUGCACUUGAAAAUCUUGAAACACGUCGUGCAGCGAUUAAAGUGCUUGUUCGAGCAGGUCUUGAUGGCAGAAUCCCUACUGUCGACAAAAAUGGAACAGCUGAUAGUAUUGCUCGAGAAUGCUAUGAAUCAUUGCAAGUGUAUUACUUUGAUGAGCACAAGAAGAUGCAAUUAGAUGAUGAUGAAGAAGUAUUGGAAUUAGAAGAUCGUAUCGGAGAUUAUCAGAAGAUAAUGGAAGAAUUGGAUAAUAAAAAUGCCAUAAUGUUUUCGUUAGAAAUUGAAACUUGCAUAAAAUUGGGACUACGGUCGAUAAUGAAUGGUCAAGCAAAUGAACUGGCCGAAAUAAUUCAUUUUAUUGUGGAAGCUAAUAAAUUCUCAAUUCGAGGCUCUGAAGCAGGAGUCCGAGAACUUUUUAAGAUAGUCUGGAGACGAGAUAAUGCAGUAAAGGAAAUUAUCAUAAAUGCUGCUCGGGAUUUAUUUAUUUCUUCUAAUGAAGAUCGCGAUGUGAGCGCAAGGAAAAGUGCAGAAAAUCUCAUCAAAAUAAUUCUUGGUGUUGGUGAAGAAGAUCGAGUAUCCGUUGAGGAGGUGUUAUGUUUAAUGGCUCGCGAAAAGCGAUGGGAUAUUGAUUUGCUUGAUGUUCUUUCUGCUAUAGUUUUUGAAACUCAGGGUGCAUCGCGCAUUGCGGCCUUACGUCUGUUUUCUAUCGUAUGCAGAGCUAACAAAGAAUUCAUGCGAGAAAGAUUAAAUUUUUUCAUUGAACUGACUCAACGCGAUGGUUUUUUUGACAAUGAUGAUGGCACACUAGCAGCAGAAUUUUUCAAUGCGAUUGCAAUGCUGGGAAGUAUAUCUAAUACGAAUGAUGUCAGUACGCUACAUGAAGCACCUUUUCGUCUGACAGAAACGCAUCGUAUUCUGCAGUGUGUGCACGCCGUUUUAGUGCAAAAUGUUGCAAAUGUUUCAUAUAACUGGUUACCUAUGAUGCACAAAGCAGUAAAUACUAUAUUUUAUGUAGCAGCCAGGCCAUCUCUUUGUUGUCGACUAAUUGCUAGUGGCUUAAUGCAUGAAGCUAAGCGGUCAUUGGCAUUUUUUUUCCUGAAAAAGCGAGAAAUUGAACAGAUUGAGACGGUCAAUUUUGAAAAUCCUCCGAACAGUGCAGAUAUUGAUGAGUUUGGUGAUUUAUUGGUGAGAGCAAAGGAAUGGUCGCAAGAUAGUGAAAUAGAAAAUGAACAACCAAUUAAAUCACAAACUUUUGUUGCUGUCGAGGAAGAAAAUCUAUUAAGCAUGAAGGCGGAAGCAUUGGAUAUAUUAAAAAAAGAAAAAGAUCAAUGUUUCAUUGUUUGGGAAAUUGUAGCUGAACGAGUAUGCGCCUUUGCUGGAGAGGUUGCUUUGAAAACGCUUGUUCAUACCGAUGUGUCAUUUGUGGCUGAAAUGAAACGAAAAAAUGAAGUAUUGCACAGUUUUCGAACAACAAUAAAUGAUGACAAUCGUGAUAAGUUAGAGACAGCCAAAUUUUUUGAAGACUUUCCAUCUAGUAGAGUUCCUACGACUCUAGAGAUUAAGUCUAUAGAAAGGCAGGGAUUUUUUGAAGUCAGUGAACAGGAAGAGGGUGAUCGCUUAGGUUUGACAGGAGAUUUAUUUUCAGGAAUAUCAGAAGAUGAACGCGUUUCGGAGCGUGCUCAACAAAUAAGCGAAAAUGCAGUAUCCCGUAAAGGAUCACUGUUGUAUCGUUUAAGCAAAUUUUUAAUUGCUGUUGUGAAAUCAGAAAAGAAUACUUGUUCAGAAAGCCUGCGUUCAACUGCUAUAUUGGCAUUAGCGAAAUUUAUGCUUUUAAGUAUGAAAACAUGUACGCGUUAUAUGCCUCUGUUCUUGGAUUAUUUUAAACAUUCGCCAAGUUCGGAAUGUCGCAGUAAUCUGAUGGUUGCUGUUGGUGAUUUAUGUUUUCGUUUUCCUAAUAUUAUCGAAAAAUACAGUGAGCAUCUCUAUCACGGAAUCAGUGAUAAAGAUGAUUAUGUGCGACAAACCUGCAUAAUUGUGUUAUCUUACCUCAUGUUAAAUGACAUGGUGAAAGUACGUGGGACAGUUGCUGAUUUAGCUCUCUGUGUCAACGAUGAUAAUGUUAAUGUCGGACAACUUGCAAAAUUUUUCUUUUCGGAAUUGUCGAAAAAGGGUAACAUAUUGUAUAAUUUAAUGCCCGACAUGAUUUCACGAUUGUCAUCAAGGGAAUCUGUGACUACAAAUAGUUUCAUCACAAUUAUGAAGUUGUUAUUGGGAUUCAUCAAGAAAGACAAGCAGUCUGAUAGUUUGAUGGAAAAAUUAAUUCAACGUAUGCAAGGAGUUAUCACCAAAGAUGGAGUAGUUGACACUCGUUUGGCAGAAUGUUUAUCGUAUUGCAUCUCGUGUCUGUCACUCACUGACAAAUCAUUCCGUUUUAUGGCUGAAUCGCUUCCAUCUUACUCCAAUUUGUUGGUUCUUGAAAGUGUCUACUUGAAUUUGCAGUCAGCUGUACUUCACUUCAAAAAAUAUUCUGUACGAAAUCCAGAAUUAAAGGGAGAAGUUGAUGAGUUCUUGGAGGCACUGACUAAGGUCCAUGGAGAUAAAUUGGAACAUGAAGGCAUUGUUAAUCGGGGGAUAGUUCAUAGAGUAAGAAUUUAAAU